AUGGACUCCUUCACCACCCAUGUGAAAACUUUGGACUUUGUUUUAGCGCCAAGGGUCUUUGAGAAUCCGCGGAGAAAGUGCUACAUCAGUGACAGUUCCAAGGAGGAGGAGGGAGUGACUGAGGGGAGCAAUUUGGCCCAGUCAUUGAUGGAUACGCCGGAACCUGAACCCGAAACCCAGCUGCUUGUGAGACACCCCGAUGAGCAUGGUGGCCUCUUGUCGUCCACCCCCCUGGAGGAGGAAGGUGAACCCAGCUCAGGGGAGUCACCAGCCGAUAAGGUGAACGGAAAAGACAUCCCUCAGCGCGACGAUGCCUUUCUAGAGGAACCGGAGACCCUGGACAGUGUUGCAUCAAGCAGCGAAGAUGAACCGGGCCCACCUUGUUUUUGCUCUGUGCCGAUACAAAUUGUUGAAGAGGACUUCAAGGAUGAGGGCUAUGAGGAGUUUAGGAAGAGGCUUGGCAUGGAACUAACUGAGCCAGUGCCAUGUCGUGAGCAUAAAAAAGUUAUGCAGACUAUUGUACACAUUGCUGUUUAUGCUGUCCUUAACCACUGUCUUAGGGAAAAGCUUUUUGAAGAUUGUGAGGGCUGUGUCGUAGAUGCAUCAGCCCAAUGGCACCAUGAUUGUGUGACUUGGACUUCAGUGGAUAUAAACUGCAAGCUCCGGGGCCUGUGUGCUGAGCUGUGUUUGGAAAGCUUAUUAAACACUAUCAUUGCCAUAGGUUAUGCUAUGCAAUGUCUGUGCCUAACCCAAGAACAUUUCGCGCAAGGGGUGACCUUGAUAAAUGCUGUGCAAUUGAGUGGAAACCCUGACCGUGUUUUAAAGAAAAUGACCAAACCAGAAGGUGCCUGCUUAGAGUUUUAUAUUGACAGUCUGGUCUGCACAAAAAGUUACAGAACCCUGCUUAAGAAAAAGGCUAUUUGUAAGAAAUCUAAAAGGAUUAAGUUAGAAAAUGGUGAGGGGCCAAACAUGCAAUAUAAAACUUGGUAG